AUGGGGAGAAGAAACGGGGAGACCGGUGGCACCAGCUUGCGGGUGUGGGCCUCAGACAUCUCUCAUGAGAACUUACCUCUCUGGAGCGUGGAUUCAGAAGUCCCUGUGUCUGAAAAUAAAAACCACCUCCCCGGAAGGGAGAGUGCAGCAGGUGGCAAAGUUAACAAGAACCAUCUGGAAAUGCCCAUAGAGCAACUGAAGCUAGCCCUUGAUUUGUCAGAGUCUGCUCACAAAAAGACACAGAAUAGUAAACAAGGGUCAUUUCAGUUAUGGGGUUAUCCUCUUAAUGAAGACAGUGCCACAGAGAACAGGGAUUUCAAGAACUCUUCUAUGGAGACUGGCUUUAACAUAACCAACAAUUCCAUAAGGCUGUUCACGCUGAACGACUCUCUGAGUCCCCCCGUUGAUAAGCAAAUUGCUCCCUACCCUGGCCUGCAGGUGCCUCUGGGUCUCUGCUGGCCCUACAGUGACGGAGACUUUUCUAAGGACAAAAUGGAGCCGCGCCUUACUUUAUAUUCAAGGGAAGACAACAGCAGUGACGUUUUAUCUCCACUGAACUGGAAUUUGAAAUGUGGAAACAGCAGUGUGGAAGAAAAUCUAACAGAUGAAAGUGAUGUGUCAGAAAGUGAAAAGGCAAGCGACUCUUUACUGAGUUAUUUUAAAAAGAUGGACCUGAACUUAAAACCAGAGACAAUAGAAACUGUAGAAGAGGCUUUCACAGAGGAGUCGAGCGAGGGAUUCCUAUAUCCCGAUUUUCUCCCCCCUCCUUUCAACACCCUGGACUUGCACAAAUUAGCCCUUUCCAAGUCUGAGAGUUGGAAAGGGACCAUGGACCCCGCAGAGAGCUCUGUUGACCGCCUGAUAACCCGCUUACUGGAAAUGGAGAGAUUACAACACGUGACUGUACAGAAGGAGCGGCCACGACUGCCCGGCACCCUCUGCACCCUGGCAGUCAGUGAACGACCAUCUUCCUCGAAGGCUCUCCCCAAGGGGAGACAGCCAAAGCCUUCUGAUUCAUUAAGUCUUCAGACCAUGGGUGUAGAUAAAAAUCGAGAAAAAAGAAAAAGCAAUUCUGGGCCUAGCAAACUGGAACAAAAUGUGGCAAAAUGGAACUGGAACAGUGCUGGCAAAUAUAAGUGGAGCGCUCGACCGUCGCUAAAAGGCUCUUCCUCUGGGAAACGGCUGGUUGCAACUUACGACGACUUCAGGAGUCCCAAAAGUCCCAUCUUCAUUCCAUGCCAAGAGCUCUCCACUAAGCCCACAGCUGCCCAAACAAGUCCCUCACUGGUCAAAAUGGUGUCGGCCAGAUGUCUGCCCCCGAGGUCUCCGGUGGCCAUUUCACCCUUACCUCUGUCUUUCCCGGAAAGCCAGAGGGAAGAAAUUAAGGCGUCAAGGUCCAGAAAGAAACUUCACCGAAAAAAUAUAGCAUUGAACAGACCCUUCUAUAUUCAGAAGCUAAACUGUUUAUCCCCAUCCUUUAUCGUCAAGGACAAGUGCUCACCCAUUGACCAAAAGUAACACUUUCUUUCACUUGAGCACAUCUGUUCCCAGGAGUCCAGCUCAAAUAUGGCUCAUGGUUCAGAGAUACAGGUAACAGAAUCACACUCUCAUUUGCUCGACACGAGACAGAGUGGGACUUGUGCCGAUCUCUGCCGAGAUGCCCCUACGCAGCCCCCGAGGCGCCUGCACGGGCAGACGGGACCUCUUUUGCACAUUACGUUUCAGAGAAGUGUGUCACUUAGUCAGGA